UCUAUAUGAUUCUACUAUAUACUACUCAAUUUGAUAACAAUGUCUUCAUCUUCUUCUUCUUCUUCUUCAAACCCAUCUGACUCAUCAUCAUCUGCACCACCAAAGCUUCCACUGAAACCAAUCCCAGGCGACUAUGGCUUACCCUUCUUCGGUCCCAUCAAAGAUCGUUACAACUAUUUCUACAACCAAGGAAAAGAUGAGUUCUUCAAAACUCGAAUCCAAAAAUACAACUCCACAAUCUUCCGUACCAACAUGCCCCCCGGCUCCUUCAUCGCUUCAAACCCUAAAGUCAUCGCAGUCCUCGAUGCCGUGAGCUUCCCCGUUCUCUUCGACACCUCCAAAGUCGAAAAACGUAACGUCUUGGACGGCACCUACAUGCCCUCCACAUCCUUCACCGGCGGCUAUCGCGUCUGCGCCUAUCUCGACCCCUCAGAACCGAACCACGCUUCUCUCAAGCGCUUCUUUUUGUCUCUACUCGCCAGUCGCCACCACAAGUUCAUCCCACUCUUUCAAAACCACUUGUCCAACCUCUUUCUCAACCUGGAAACUGAAAUUUCAAAAAAUGGCAAAGCAGACUUCAACACCCCGAGCGACGACAUGUCCUUUAAGUUCGUCUUCUCGCUGUUCUGCGGGUCAGAAAAUACUUCAUUGGGUUCCAAAGGGCCAAACUUGGUGGCCUUAUGGCUCGCGCCACAACUGGCUCCGCAGAUCACACUCGGGUCGCCCAAGUUGCUGAGCUUUGCUGAAGAUUUGUUGCUGCACACGUUUUCCUACCCUGCAUUUUUGGUCAAAUCGACCUACAAGAAGCUCUACGAUGCGUUUUACGAGUCGUCGGCUUCGGUUUUGGACGAGGCCGAGAAUAGUUUCGGGAUUCCGAGAGACGAAGCUUGCCACAACCUUUUGUUUUUGGCUUGCUUCAAUGCUUUUGGUGGCAUGAAGCUUUUGUUCCCUGCUUUAAUCAAGUGGGUUGGAUCCGCAGGAGAGGAUUUGCACCGCCAGCUCCGAAAUGAAAUCAGGGCCUUUGUUAAAGAAAAUGAUGGGAAUGUUACUUUCUCGGCGUUGGAUAAGAUGACUUUGACCAAGUCCGUGGUUUAUGAGGCUUUGAGGAUUGAACCUCCUGUUCCGUUCCAGUACGGGAAGGCCAAGGAGGAUAUCAUGGUCCAUAGCCAUGAUGCAGCAUUUGAGAUCAAAAAGGGGGAAAUGAUCUUCGGAUAUCAGCCGUUCGCCACAAAGGAUCCGAAGAUUUUCGAGAAUCCGGAGGAGUUUGUGGGGCAUAGGUUUGUAGGAGAAGGUGAGAAAUUGUUGAAGUAUGUUUAUUGGUCAAAUGGUCGCGAGAUCGAUGAUCCGACGGUGGAGAAUAAGCAGUGCGCGGGGAAGAAUUUGGUGUUGCUUGUGUCGAGGUUAAUGUUGGUAGAGUUUUUCCUUCGAUAUGACACUUGUACCGUUGAUGUGACUACGGCUUCAUUGGGUGCAUCAGUGACGUUCAAAACAUUGACCAAAGCCUCCUGAAUGUCAUCAUGGUCGAUGGCUUAUAAAUCGUACCUAUUUCAUUCUCAAUGCCGUUCACUACUAGCAUGCUUGGAGAGGUUGACAGUUGAGCUUACUAGUUUUUCUCAAAUGCAAUAUCACCAAUACAUUAGGGUGUAUCUUACUGGAUUGAGGUAUUUUCUUUUGGUUUGAAGUUGGCUAGCUUAUGGACUUUUGGAUUGUAUUGUGAGUCAUAUACUAUUUUAGCCUCCUGUUUGUAAUAAUAUGGUAAAGACGUAUUCUCUGU